CUAUAUGAUAGUUUUCUUACCUUUCAAGGAAAAUUGGUGAUGAUUAUGAAUUCUUCUAUCGUGUCCCUCCUUUUCUCUUUCAUCAAAUCUUGUUUCUUUUGAUUAUGUUAUCGUAUUAUCUCUACUAGCAAUAGUGGAAUGUCUCAGGUCUCUAGUAAAGUUUGAUGUCAUUGAAUGAUUAGGAACUGGAAAGGACGCUAAAGUUUGAACUGGAACUUGAAAUGAAAUUUGGUGGUGUUCCUACUAAGCAUAUUGGAGAUGACAUUGAGGAAACUGUUGACGGGGAAAGUUAUAGUCGGAAUGUAUCCGAAAUUCACAUGAAGUUUGGUGCUAAUCACGACUUGGUGGAAACUUUUAACUUCCGUGGAAUUAUCUCUUCUUGCUUCGAGCCUCAUUUAACCAAAUAUAUUGAGGAGGAACUAAUGCAAUGCCUGGAAAGAGUUGUUCAGGAGGAAACAUGGGAUACUGAUGAGGAAAAUCUAAAUAAUAUUUUAUCUAGCAGUAGAGAGUUGUUUUUGGCUAUAAAGAAAAGCUAUGACAAGUGUAAAGCUCUGACUAAGAACCUGACUUUAUUCAAUUUAUUCAAGGUCUUUCAACGAGUUCUACAAGCCUAUGCUACAAAGCUAUUUUUUAAGCUCUCCAAAGGAGGCACUCGUAAACAGAUAGAGGUCUCGGGGAUAGAUGAAAGGUUGAUAUGUUACAUAGUUAAUUCUGCUGAGUAUUGCCGCAAAACAUCUGGUGAUUUGGCAGAAGAAGUCUCGACAAUUAUUGACCCGCUUUAUGCAGACGGUGUAGACAUGUCAGAGGUCCAGGAUAAAUUAUCGUGCGUCAUAACGAAGGCAUUGAUGACACUAGUCCGUGGACUGGAAACUAAAUUUGACACAGAAAUGCAAGAGAUGGCAUGUGUUUCAUGGGGCACACUUGAGAGUGUUGGUGACCAUUCUCAGUACGUAAAUGGAAUAUAUACAAUCCUUAACAACAGUUUUCCUGUCCUUGGGAAACUUCUAGCACCAGUCUACUUCCAAUUCUUCCUGGAAAAGUUGGCAUCAUCCCUUGGACUACGGUUCUAUGCUAAUAUUUUCAGAUGCAAGAAAAUAUCAGAAACUGGAGCUCAGCAGAUGUUGCUAGAUACGCAAGCAAUGGAGAUGAUUCUUUUAAAAGUUCCAUCUCUUGACAGACAGACCGUAAGUGCUGCGAGCUAUUCGGAAUUCGUGAAGCGUCAAAUGAGCAGAGCUGAAGCAGUCCUAAAGGUCAUACUCUCCCCGAUCGAUUCAGUGGUAGACACAUAUAGUGAACUGUUUCCAAAAGGAACACACAUGAAGCUUCAGCGCAUCUUAGACCUUAAGGCAAUUUUGGCAUUCUAAAUCCAUUUUCAUACUUGAUUAAUCUCACGCUAACGUCCUCCUCCAGUGACAUUCUCUUCACUGUCUGGAAAAUCCUCUCUUAUUUUCAGCCAAAACAGGUAUCUUAAUGUACUAGGUCCUUAAAGAAAGGUGUAACUUAUUUGAUGUUGCAGGGUCUUACGAAAGCCAAUCAGCAGAGAGUACUUGAUGAUUUCAAUAAGCAUGCCCCAAGAAUCACACAGCCUUCGGUUGCAGCAGAAAUGCCACAACCGGUUCCAAUCCCACCUGCACCGCCAUUGGAAAUCAUAGCAAAAAGUGAGGAUGUUACAACUAGACUAGCAACCGCUAGCUAUUAGGUUCUUAUACUUCAUAUUGAGACUUUAUAGAACAAUACAAAGCAACGCACACUAGCAUAUAAACUUGGGUGUUGAUGUCGGAAAAAAAAAAAGAAGCUUAAACUUGCGUGCAUUUGAAUUAUGUAACUACAUAUAUUGUAAUUUUGUUUUAUGUUUCAAAAUUUGCGGUUUAUGUAACUAAGAGACGAACCUCUAAUUCUAAAUCUCUAAAGAAGAUAUUAAACUAAUGUUUUAAUCUAAAA